GGGGACACAGAAAAGUAACUUCUUCCUAUAAACACCACCACUCAUUUGACGACCGGAGCCAACGCAACAGUUUACAAGACCACACCAGCGACAAGGCUAAACUGUACGCGGCUAUAAAAUCAAAAGUCGAGAUAGUUUUCAAGAAAAAGUAACGUUUGGAAUUGCAAGCGCACACUAGCAAGAAACGCUUGUGAAGUUUCUCCCAGAUGUUCGGCAUCAUGAGCCGAAUGUCCUGCUUCGGUGUUCUUCUCAGGACGUCUGUCGUCCUAUAUCUGUUUCUCAAAGGCUCACAAGCUCAAUGCGCUCCCUGUAUGAAUUUAAAAGCCAGUACAACAGCAACAGAGAUUAAUAUUCAGGUACACUCCAACUGCAACCUGAGCACUGGCAGUACUUCAGUUUUCACCAACUCAACUAUGGCCACCCUGUCUGGACUGGCUCCUGGGUCCACCCACCUUGUGCGUGUCCUGUGUAACGAUAUCCAACAAGUCAACUGCUGCAAUAACUUCACAACAAAGCCUGAAACCAUCACAAUCCUCACUGUAACCAAAAUCACAACAUCCUCGGUGUCUCUGAGCUGGACUAAACCAGAGGGUAGCUCCUUCUAUAGAGUAAAGUGGACUGAUGGCAGUAUCAAUGACAGUCAGAAUACCACAGGAACUUCUGUAAAUAUUACUGGUCUCACUGCUGGAGUGCAGUAUGACUUCGCAGUCACUGCAGUGGCUGAAGAUAACAAAAGUGAAGGACGAAACAAAACCGUUUUGAAAUAUACAAAGCCCGCAAUCGUCAGGAAACUUACUGUGUCUGAAAUCAGAACAUCCUCUGUGUCUCUGAGCUGGACUGAACCAGAGGGAAACAGAUCCUUCUAUAUAGUACAGUGGACUGAUGGCAGUGACAUUGGCAGUAAGAAUACCACAAGAACCUCCACUACCAUCACUGGGCUGACUGCUGGAGUGAAGUACACAUUCAGAGUCACUGCAGUAGCUGGAGAUAAUACAACUGUAGGAGAAGGCAGUGAAACACCCACUUUUACAAAGCCCGCAAUCAUCAGGAACCCUACUGUCUCUGAAAUCACAACAUCAUCUAUGUCUCUGAGCUGGACUGAACCAGAGGGAAAUAGCUCCUUCUAUAGAGUAGAGUGGACUGAUGGCAGUAAAACUAUGAAUACAACUACACAUGAGACAGCCUUCAACAUCAAUGAACUGACUGCUGGAGUUUGGUACACAUUCAGAGUCACUGCAGUGGCGGGAGAUAACAUGACAGAAGGAGUUGCUUAUGUAACAAAUCAAGCCACAAAACCUGCUGUCAUCGCAACCCCUACUGUCAUUCAGACCACCACAUCUCUCUUUCUGAGCUGGACCAAGCCUACAGGAGAGGCAGCAGGCUACAGGGUGGAGUUUCAUAACGGAGGAACAGGGAAGGACCAACUUACAUCCACAACCUCUGCCAUCAUAGAGAGCCUGACCCAAGGGACCCAGUACACACUCAAGGUCAUUGCCAUCGCCCAGGACAAGAUAACAGAAGGCGACCCUCGCACAGUAUACGUAUACACAAAGCCCGGAGUUGUCGGCAACCUCAGUGUGAUUGGAACCACAACAUCGUCUGUGUAUCUGAGCUGGACUCAACCAAAGGGAAACAGUUCAUUCUAUAGAGUAGAGGGGACUGGUGUCAGUAUGAAUACCACAGAAACCUCCACUACCAUCACUGGGCUGACUGCUGGAGUGCAGUACAGCUUCACAGUCACUGCAGUGGCUGGAGAUAAAACAACUGUAGGAGAAGGCAAUACAACAACCACUUUUACAAGUAAGUCCUCUUUCAAGUUUGGUGUAUGACUCAAAGGGUUUGGAUACACAGGUAAGGUGAAUAUGUAAUUGUCGAAAAUGGCUAAACAAAUAAUUGGUUGUGGACUAGCCUAUCCAUAGACGGUAACUAACGUUAGCGUCUAUUCAAGAAGGUAUCUUCCAUCCGGAGGGGUUUUGUUAAGAGCUCCGACGCUCAGUCUGAACGUUAACACGCAUCGCUUGCGGUAGGACCUUAUCUUUCAGAUUAGCGAUAAAUAAUAAAAUGUUCAAUUACUACACACACCUUUAUAGGGUAAAUGUUCCUACACGGCCAUAUUUCCUGGUAAUAGCACUUGUUUACGGAAAACAGACUGCUCCGAACACCUUUGUGUAACGGAUGAAAGGAUGCCAGAAAAGUGUUGUAACUGUCACGUUCCUGACUUUAUUUCCUUUGUUUAGUCUUUGUUUAGUUGGUCAGGACGUGAACUGGGUGGGCAUUCUAUGUUUUGUGUUUCUA